AUGUCGUUGUUCAAGACGAAAGAAUGGUGGCAAACGAGAUGCGGAGCAAACGAGACUUUCGACAAACACAGCUUGAUGGCAGCGCCGUUGUUCGGGAAAGAAAGGCACCACGAUAUCAUUGUGGUGACUAGUCACGAUGGUUACCUAAGGAUGUACGAUCCGUCUUCUCGAUGGAUAGAUGAAACGAAAUCGCCGACCAACUACAAAUCGACCGAUCUCAUGAUCGAGAAGCGAGUCGGCGAUUGCAUCGUGGAUGUUAAAACGGGCAAAUUCGUUUCGGGAUCGCAGGAUUCACGGCUAGCCGUGUUGACCGAUUCAAAGCUGCUCGUCUACGAUAUGAUUCUAAUCGAAGGAUCUGAAACCGAAUACGGGGAUCGAUGCGAGUUGAAGAUCAAUUACGAGCAUCGAUUGCCGAGGUUCCCGGCCUCGUUGACGGUUGGGCCAUUCGGCGGGGUCCGCGGCAGGGAUUUUCUCUGCGUUCAAUGCCUGGACGGUACUCUUUUGUUCUACGAGCAAGAGGUGUUCGUGUUCAGCCAGACGAGGAGGAAUCAAUUGCUGGCCGAGCCGAUCGUCUACGUAUCCCGAUACGAUCUCUUCGUGGCCGCCACCUCCUCCUGGAUACUCGAAUGUCACAGGUAUCAAAGCAUGGCUGAGUGGUCGAGGAUCGGUCACAAAGACGGGGACGGCGUUGAGGAGGGGCAUGGAAGAUCCAGCAGCAGUUUGGAACCGGAUUGGACGUUCAACAUCGGUGAACCAAUCCUCGGCAUCGAGACUGUCACUUUGACUAGUUUCGAGAUCGGGAUUGUGGUACUCGGCGAGAGACAUCUCUAUUGUCUAAAGGACAACUGCGCCUCGGUCAAAUACGCGAAGAGGUUCGAGUACAGGCCUGUCUGUUUUCGAGCUUACGUAAUCGAACCGGACGGGAAAUUGAUGGUGCUGGUGAUCGCCGACACGGGUACUCUGAUGAUCUACGAGGGAACCACAUUGAAAUGGUCGGCACAAUUGCCCUUCACACCUGUCACCGUGGCCAGGGUUCAACUUCGGCACUUGGAGGGCGCUAUAGUCGUUCUAUCGGCGGACGGUCGGUUGGAGGCUUGCUACCUAGGCUCGGAGCCGAGUUUGUUCGUCGCCCCCCCUCUUCACCCGCGCGGCUACGAUUACGCGGCCGCUGAACGAGAAUUGUCGAAGCUGCGAGAGUGUGUGUGUACGAGGAAGGAGGAUCGAACCAGCGACGCUGGAGCGGAGGCGGAGCUCGUAGUGACGAUAAACGCAUCCAUGGACUCGGAUCCGUCGCCCGUUUGCGAGGUCGACGUACAAUUGUCCUCGUACGCUGCUCUUCGCGACGUUCAGGUUUGCGUCCACGUUUCGAAACCUUUGCUCGCCGACGUCGAUUUCUACACCGUGCCCAACCUCUACGAGAACCACUCGAGGAGGACGGUGGUGAGCGUGGAAGGGGAUUGGCCGUCGUACACGAUGGACGUGACCGUGGUGGUCACGUAUAAGACGGACGAGGGUGUGUUGCGAGCCGUGAGAAAAAUCGGCCAAAUACCGAUAAAAAUGGCGUUGAGAAGCUGCCCGCCCGAAAAAUCCUCCUCCUUCGUGACCGUCGUCAAAAGCAACGCUCCGUCGACCCUCCCCUUCACCCAACUUUUCCCCGAAUUCGCAUGGGCGGACGAAUCGGCGCAGAGACAAGGUUGGAACGCGGUGGGGCUCGGCCACGUGAAUUCGGAUCGCAGGGUAACAGUGGUGUCCAGCGUGGCGAAUUACCGCGUCCAGUCGAGCGACGGGUCGUCCUCGACCUUGAUCGUGCGCCGAUUGAUCGACAGAUGGGCGAGGAAGAAGGGAGAGGGGGGAAAUGUGGGGGCGAACGUGGGCCAGAACCACGUUCGAUCGGUGCAUCAGAGGAUGGACGAUCAUUUCGCGGCUCGGCGAGAGAUCGAGAAGAUAACGAACGAGAUCGGAUUGUUGACCAAUCAGUUGAGGAGUAUCGCAAGAAAGACGGUAAGGAUCGUGAGAGAGAGGAACGAGCGAUCGUUGACCGACACCGGCUUACCCUUCCUCUUCGAAUCCACGUGCAGCUCCAUCUUCGCGCGCCUCGAGGAUCUCGCGAAGGCACGAGCGAAGCGGGAGCGAAGCGGGCACGAGCUUCGAUGCAACGUCGAAUUGUUGUUGGCGUUGUUGCGAUCUAAUGUGGCCGAGGACAAGUACGAGGCGCUGAGGACGGCUAUAGGAUUCGAGCCGUCCGAUCGAACGGAUUGGGAGGAGAUCGCGAACGCGGGACUGGCCGCGUUGCUCAAGUCCGUGUCGAGGAAGAGCGGUGGAUUUUCGGAGACGAGAUCGUGCACGUGGACCGGCUUGGUUCCAAUAACGUCCGAGAGAGAGAUGGCGAAACUGAAGACUCGGCUGAGCCACGCGAUAGGACGACUCGGUGCCUCGAGGGAAUCGGACAUCGCGGAGAUCGAGAACAACGAUUUUCCUCCAGAAUCGGCGUAACCGAAGAAGAAACCGAGGCCGAGUGAUUCGUCGUCGUGAUUCAUCGUGGCGCCGCGAUUCCGCUUUCCCGACUGGUUAAUUAAUGGCGAGGAUGACGGCGAGGCGACUAGAGAGAGAUCGGACGACUCUGUUUUUCUCGAACGCGAUGAUAUAAUCGGUUAAUAGGUGGAGACGUUACUUUUUCCUUUCGCUCGCCCGUGUUGCGGAUCGCGCGGAAACGCGAUGGUUUCCGAUUGCGAGGGGGCGAUCGAUCGGCCAGGGUUAAAAAGGAGGGCGGAAAACGAGCGAUUGUAACCGCCUCCGGAAGCGAUUGAUUGCGAACGCCGCUAAUUAGCUCGCCAUAUACCGAUAAAACCUGCCCCUUUGCCUCCUCGCCUCUUCGCCGCUUGGCGAGCGAGAACGGCUUUGAGCCGCCCCUCCUCUCUCCUCCUCCUUCGCCGCCGCCUUCUGCUCGGCCAGGCUGAAGCAGGAUACGCGGCUCGUUUCCGGAAACGCGAUCGAGAUUACGCGCCGACCAUACGCCGCAACCUUCUUCCUUUUUCACGGCUCGAGAUUGCGUCGCAACUCGACCUCAACAACGUUCCCGAGUUUCAAUUUCGAUCGACAAACAGGACAGGAAUCGUGGAAUUUUGGAAAUUCUCUUCGAUUUCAUUGUUCCGAUUAUUUUUCUUGCGAAUCGCGGCCGAUCUCUCCGGCAACGGUCGGAUGCCUGAGACGAGAGAGAAAGCGACGUUUUAUGGACGUUAACGGAUCCAUAAAUCAUCGGUAAGCAUCGGUAGUGGUCGAGGACUCGAAAGAUAAGAUCGAACGAGAACGCGUUAAACGACGAUUAGCAACGGUGGUCCAAGGUCGAGAAGCGAACGGCCUGUAAACGGGUGAUGAUUCGUGGAAAACCGAGAGGUUGCGUCGUAGAAUUGGAAAAGAAAAUAAAUUUCGAGUCAGAAAUGGCCGUGUCUGUUCAACGUUCCAGUCCCGUUUAUUUCGAACAAAUAUCCCGAUCGAACUAUGUUUACGAUUCGAGCGUUUCGUGUAUACUUUGCUAGCGUUGGUCGCGCUAUGCUAUUGAGAGGGAGGGGGAAGGGGAAGAGGAGGAGGAGUAAUGGACGACGAAACGUUCGUUUCGAAAGAGUCGAGAUAUCGCUCGCGGGGCAACGAUAUACCCGCUUACUCUUCAGCCUCGACGUCUUCGCGUCGACACAUAGCGACCGAUUCGAAGGAAAUGUCUCGCGUCGUAAGCGAAAUUUCUCCAGGGACCGUGCCAUUCGAGAUUUUCACACGACCUUGGGCUCGUUAUGCGAAAGAAAGUAAAAGCGAUUGCGUUCCGUUCCUCUUUCACCUUUUCAUCUUUACACCACGA